CCACCCACAGAGCCACCAACUGAAGCCCCAACACCGGCUCCAACCACAUCCAGACCUCCUUUCCAGUGCCCCCGAGAGGACAUCGUAAACACACUGUGUAUGGGACCCAAAGACUGUCUCUACACUAACCCCGAGAACUGCAAUACUUUCAUUCAGUGUACUGUCAAUCCGGGCAAUCAAUCGGGAACUCCGGUUGUGAUGCCCUGUCCCGCAGAACUCAAGUGGAAUGAUAACACAAAGGAGUGCGAUUGGCCACAAAACGCCACGUGCCAA